UUACUUCUUUUUGUUCUCACCCAACUCAUCUAGCAGCAAUGCCGAAGAAGCGGGUUAUAGUUCCGGCGCAGAAACUAGACUUUUCCACCGUCAAAUACCAGCAACAAACAGUCCAAGCUCCUCAUUUGACGGGAUUUAUACUGAAGUUGUUUGUGAGGAUAAUUGAAGCUCCAAUUAUUGGUUCAUUGAUCAUUUCAUUCAUGAAAAAGAAGAACAAAAUUGUCGAGAUGUUGCAGAACACUGAGAUUCCAGAAAAACCCAUGUUUAAGCCUGAAUUCCCUCCUCAAGAAGCAGAACCUUCAGUAGUCAUUGUGGAUGAAGAAGGAAAACCUACAGACCGAGUUGAAUCUGCCUUAAAGUGUCUCCCCCAUUAUGAUCCUGCUAGUUACUGGAGUGAGGAUCCGCUUCCAUCAUUCCGGUAUUGGAAGAUUCGUGAUUAUGCUUAUGCUUAUAGAUCGAAACUUGUGACACCUUCUACGGUAGCAGAACAAAUCAUCUCAGUAAUUGAGGGGUGUAACUAUCAUAAGCCCCCAACACCAUUGUUGAUCUCAUUUGAGGCCGAGGAUAUAAGGAAGCAAGCUGCAGCUUCAACAAAAAGGUUUGAGGAAGGAAAUCCAUUGUCAAUUUUGGAUGGAAUUUUCAUGGCAAUCAAGGAUGACAUAGAUUGCACUCCUCAUCCAACUAAGGGUGCAUCAACAUGGAUGCAUGGAGUUCGGUCUGUUGAGAAGGAUGGGGUUAGUGUCUCAAGAUUGCGGAGCUGUGGUGUGAUUCUUAUUGGAAAGGCCAGCAUGCAUGAAUUUGGCUUGGGCACAACCGGAAACAAUCCAAAUUAUGGAACAACCAGAAACCCUCAUGCACAUGAAAGAUAUACAGGUGGAUCCUCCUCUGGUCCUGCAGCAAUUGUAGCUUCUGGACUAUGUUCUGCUGCCCUAGGAACAGAUGGUGGAGGUUCUAUUCGCAUUCCUUCAUCCCUUUGUGGUGUAGUGGGCUUGAAAACAACUUAUGGAAGGACGAACAUGGGAGGAUCAUUAUGUGGAUCUGGGACUGUGGAAAUCAUUGGACCAAUAGCAUCAACAGUGGAAGAUGUCAUACUAGUGUAUGCAGCCAUUUUGGGUUCCUCUCCUGAGGACAGAAUCAGUUUGAAACCGUGCCUCCCUUGUUUGCCUGUUUUGUCAUCACUUGAGAAUUCAAACAUUUUGGGAUCAUUGCGACUGGGGAAGUAUACAGAGUGGUUUAAUGAUGUUCAUUCAACGGAUAUCUCUGAUGUCUGCGAGGAUGUUCUCAACCUUCUAUCGAAAAACCAUGGAUGUAAGACAAUAGAGAUAGUAAUACCAGAACUACAUGAGAUGCGUACAGCCCAUCUUGUUUCAAUUGGAUCUGAAUCGCUACGCUCGCUAAAGCCUGAUAUAGAGGACGGGAAAGGUGCGGAAUUGACAUAUGAUACUCGCAUUAGUAUGGCACUUUUUCGAACAUUCACCGCAUCAGACUACGUUGCUGCCCAGUGUCUUAGAAGAAGGAUAAUGCACCACCACAUGGAGAUCUUCAAGAAGGUUGAUGUCAUAGUGACCCCAACAACUGGCAUGACAGCACCAAAAAUACCACCUAGUGCUCUGGAAAAUGGAGAGUCAGACAUGCAGGUUACAGGUUACCUUAUGCGGUUCAUUAUUGCUGGUAAUCUUCUUGGUCUUCCUGCCCUUACUGUCCCUGUUGGUUAUGACAAAGAAGGACUUCCCAUAGGUUUACAACUAAUAGGCCUUCCAUGGGGUGAAGCUACAAUUCUACGUUUGGCUUCUGCAAUCGAGGAACUUUGUAUCAAAUCCAGGAAGAAACCUGCUUCAUUCUAUGACAUCUUAAAGGCCAAGUAAGAGCCUUCAUGGACUAUGUUUUAUUGCAGAUCCUUAUGUUGUCUCUUCAUAAUCACCAAUAACGAUGCGUCUCUAAACAUCGUUAUCUUAUUUGAUGUAUGAAUAAGCUAUGUCUGCUAUAAUUCUGCCAAACCAUGCCUGAAAGAAACCGAUGAUCUAUUUGAUUCU